UGAGGAACACGGGUUGGCGCAGUUUCUUAGACCAGCACGACAUUGGACUGAGUUUUAUUAGCGUCUGUCUGCCGCUUAGAGAACAAAUAGCACAGUUCGCUUUAUUGAGGUCAGUGGGACACGUGACUGCCGCUGUCCAGUUGGAUGCUCUGUAAAGUGUUGACUAGCGGAGCUUGACAAUCGCGAUAUGCAUCUGCUAUUAACGUAAACAUCUCUCCCUGGAUUAAAAUAUUUACCCUAGCCUCACCGUGAUCAUGGGACAAUGUGGUAUUAUUUCUUCGAAGACGGUUUUAGUCUUCCUAAAUCUGAUAUUUUGGGCUGCCGCAGGUAUACUGUGCUACAUUGGGGCCUAUGUUUUUAUAACAUAUGAUGAUUAUGAUCAUUUUUUUGAGGAUAUCUACACUUUCAUCUCUUCCAUGGUGAUAAUUGCUGUGGGCACACUUCUUUUUGUCAUUGGUUUCAUUGGCUGCUGUGCCACCAUUCGAGAAAGCCGCUGCGGCCUGGUCACGUUCUCAGCAGUGCUGCUACUGGUCUUCGCUACAGAGGUGGUUGUAGUGGUGCUAGGCUAUAUUUACAGAGCCAAGGUUGAGGCUGUGGUGAAUCACUCUAUUCAGAAAGUAUAUAAUGAAUAUAAAGGCACCAACACAGACGCUCCAAGCAGGGCCAUUGACUAUGUGCAGCGACAACUCCACUGUUGUGGCAUUCAUAACUAUUCGGAUUGGAUGAACACUCACUGGUUUAUUGAGUCCAAAAACAAUAGUGUUCCAGUGAGCUGCUGCAAACCCACCAUCAGUAAUUGCACGGGGACGUUAAUGCGACCAGGAGACCUUUACCCAGAGGGCUGUGAAGUUCUUGUAGUAAAGAAACUUAAGGACAUUAUGCUGUACGUCAUACUGGCUGCAUUAACAUUCGCUGCCAUACAGAUGCUUGGGCUGCUGUGUGCAUGUGUGGUCCUCUGCCGCAGAGGUCAUGACCCUGCCUAUGAACUGCUUGUCAGCACGGGUAUAGAUGCCUGAAUACCUCAUGGCAUCAUGGGAAUGGCUGGUCCACCCAGCCAGUGAACUAUACACGUUUAAACUAAAUCAGGCUACCACUUUUCUACGCUAGUAUUAAAUCAAUACCUUUGUUUGACAGGGAAAAAACACACUGGUUUGAUUGUGAAGUAUUGAAUUGUUCCUUUCUUUACAGCACUACUGAUAUUUUCCAGAGUCCAAUUAGCAGAAAAUCAUCAUUCAGUUGUUUGGUUAACAAUAUUGUAAACAUUUUACACUAAUUGAUUCCAUCUGUUAAUGUAAUGUGAUUUUAUGUUUUAUUGCAAGUGUUUGUUAGGCCAAAGAAGCUUUAGACUGAAGUCACUGGUUGACAUAGUUUAGAUUCCCCCCCCCCUUCAUUAUCAUUUACAGUAUGUGUUGUAGAAGUUAUCCCUUGUUAUAAAGUUGUGUAAUUUGAAUUAUUUUCAGGCAACAUUCAUUUCGUCUCAUUCAGAGUUUGUAUUCCUAUAGUGUGCAUUUACCUUAAGAGAAAUGUUAUGAUAAAGCAUCAAGCAGCAGCAUUAAACUUGCAAUUAUAACAAGGUUGCAUAACAUAAAGUGUGAAUUACACUUGCAUUCAAGUAUUUGGCAGUAAAACAAUCAAACGUGUAGUCUAACAAAAUGAUUGUUGUUUAUUUGUAAAAUAAAAUUGAGCUUUUGAACAAUCUCUGUAAUUUCAGUUUAAUUUUUUCUUUUUCUUUCUUGAAACUGUGCUUGGGACCAGGAAACAUCUUAUGAGUAUAUUAUCAAAAACAUAUAUGACUGUUCUCGCACUGAAACUUGCACUGCAUCGAAUGACGCUUUGGGGAACGCCUCAGGCGUGACAGGUGUUUGUAAUCACCUGGAAGUAUAAAAGGGCGCCUUGCAAAUAUGACAAUAUCUUUUUCGUCUUCUGUGACUGUUUUGUCUGUAACCGCUUUGAAAAUCAGGUAAUUAUGAAAUGCUUUCAAUAGCUUGCAGACCCGUGCUCAAGAUAUCUGAAGCUAGGUGACACACACAAACUGCGUUUUUCUGUCUGGGAAGGAAGAGCGCCCACAGGCAGUUUUUGAGGGAACUGUCUGUACAAAUUGUUAGCAUUUUUUCUGUGACUGCUCCACUCUCGCCUGUCCCACUUCUCAAGAGAAGAGGGUUCAGCGUCUGGAUGUCAGAUUCCCAGAUGAAGCCCGCCGAUCUCAUUCAGAGGGGUGUAGUCCUCUCAGACAGCUUACGAGGGUAAUCUGCAAUUUGAUGAUGAAGUUUAAAAAAAAGAGGAAAACUUAGUCAGGCAGCACUGAGAUCGAGAGAUCGAGAGGACAUGAAAGAACCCAUACUCUGCCUGUAUCCACCAACAUCAGCAUGCUAGUCUCGCUGAUAUUGAGGGGAUAGAAGAGCGUGGGUAUGCGUCGAUGGGACAAUCGACACAGAGCUUUGCCAGUUGAAUGGCAGAGCAUUAACGUCAGCGGGUCAGGCCGGUGCUACACUGCACAUCAUGGCGGUGUUGCAGGUAUACCAGGCCGAUCUGCUGAAGGAUCUUGACCAAGAGUUGGAGCCCCUGCUGCGGUGACUGAGCUGCGAUGCAAAUAAAAAAAAGCUCUCCAGGCCACCAACCAGACUGCUGCGACAAUCUGCCUGUCAAUAGCGACGAUAGUGGCCACAGAGAGACAUUUGUGGUUAAACCUGGCUGAUGUCGGGAGAAAGAGAAUGGCUUUUUCCUCGAUUCGCUGGUUUGGUUUCUAACACUAAAAUGUAUCUCUCUAAAGACCUCGUGCUCUGUAUAGAGAUAUAUGGCUACCCGGUGGACUAUCUCCAGAACUCCUUGAAAUCCUUGCAGAUUCUUCCAUUCUGGAACAGCCACUUUGUUGGAAGCAUACUGGCAGCGAACUGACUUUUUUUAACCCCCGUCCUCAAAGGGUGCGAGUUUGACACAGCGUCGAGUUGAGUUAUGGGAGCCAUGAGAGAAGCACACAACUCUUUCGCCAUAAUUUUGUUUUAAAUGCUUGUGACAGACAACAAUAAAUAGACAGACAGUUUCGACAUAGAGCGAUUGCCGAGGCACAGAAGCUAUCGCCGGUCAGACCGCAUGUGCUUUUAUCCUUUCCUUUUCCUCUUGCCAUUGGACUAGUUGACAUACUGUACGUGCUUCUGAUGCAAUCACACAGGGGCGUUCCCAAAGCGUCAUCGAUGCAGCGUGAGUUCCCUCGAAAGGGAACAAAAGGAUCAAAUACCAUUAAGAUUAGCACAUGACACAAAUGUAAAAUAUUCAACAAAUAUAUUCUUUUGAUUUCUGCCGGCAGAAGGAUAACAAUGUCCAUUGGAACGUACUGUAAUAUAUGUUGAUCUGGGUCAAUUAAAUAAAUCACUGAAAAAA